GGUGAAAGAAAGGCCGUUAAUAAAUACUACCCACCGGACUGGACUCCGGAGCAGGUCGGUUGAAAUUCAUUUCGCGUCGUGAUCAACUCGAUGCGUUAAUGCGUGAUAGAUUUUUAACUCAAAUAUAACUUCUAGGGCCUUUAUCCUGCUAAUGUACAUACCUUAUUCGGCAACGACCUGUUUAAACAAAAGAUUCGUUUGUCUCGUUUAUGCCUUCAUCACCUUCUCAAGUGGUUCAAUUCUUUUUGGUUUUGCUCAAACUCAAAUAAUCAUAUGUGACCAUGUCCAUAAAUAACCGGAAAUAAAAAUUGAACGAAUUACAAAACUGAACUAUGACAUACGUGUGUCAACAAGACCAUUGUUAUCUCCAUCAUCAUCAUCAUCAUCAUCAUCAUCAUCAUCAUCAAUAAGAUCAUUAUGAUAAUCGCCAUCAUCAUUUAUAGGAUCAGUCAUCAUCAUUAUCAUCCUCAGCCAUCAUGAUCUUCAUUAAUAAGGUCCAGUAUAUCAAAGCUAAAUAACUGCAAUAUUAACUAUUUGACAAAUUUUCUUUGCACAGGGUUCACUUGACAGAUACCAUGGACAGCAUCCACUUCGUGAGAGGGCAAGAAAGCUUGGUCAAGGGAUCCUUAUCAUUAGGUAUAUAUGCUGUUUUACUUUUUAUAGAUAAUUCCAAAGAAAUAGUUUUCAACAUUGUCAACAGUGUGAGAUUUUGAAGGUGUGUGCACAGGAAAUAAUGAACAUUAUAGGAAGUUCUGGGGUCAUGCUUCCAUACAAAAUUUUACAGUUUAGGGUCUUGGUCCUGCAAAGUUCUGCAGGACAUUUUCAGUAAAUAAAUGCAAAGUAAAAUGCAGUAGUUAUGUACAGUGUUACAGAAAAAAGGGUGAGACAGUGACGCCAUCAAGGAGAUUACACGUAAGCAAAGGGGGAUAACUCGACACCUACUGUUCAAACGGGCAAACUCUGUUGCAAUGCCAUCAAUAUCAUUGUCUGUUUAUGGAAUAAUAAGAAGAUAAAGGAAAAUAAAACUAACACUUACAGUGCCAAAAAAAUCAUCAGUCAUCCAAAUUCAAUGAUAAAAAAAUAAUACUUGCAGGAAAAAUGAGAAUGUUUUUCCAGAUCAGCUGUAUGCAUAGGCAUAUGUACGUAUAUGGAUGCUACGCUCCUGGAGAGGCAAGAUUUCCCAGUAAAUAAAGAAAAUACAUGUAGCAAAUGAAAUUUUUUACCACUAGUUCCUACAUUAAAAAGUCAUAAAACAUUACACAUUUCCGAAAUCAACUCUUGAUGAAUUAUAUCAUGAAAUAUUUCAGUGAUUCUUUCAUCCACCAUGGUUAAAUGGAUUUUGUCCAGUGGCAGGUUCUAGUUAUCAAAUCCAAAACGGUUUUACUAUAUUUUUAUUAAAGUGUCUUCCACUCUCUUUUAGAUUUGAAAUGCCAUACAAUAUUUGGUGUGGGGGAUGUGGAAACCAUAUAGGAAUGGGUGAGUGUACAUUGCAAGACAACAUUUCUGAUAUAUACUGUGUGGCACUUAAUUUUUGCAGAAAAAAAACCUCCUCAAAAUUUAAAAUAAUGUGUGUAGGCAGUGCAUCCAUGAUACCUAGGCGGCAAUUUUUGGUCCCCAUCCCCCCUUCCCCCCUCCCCACCCCUUGCUUGGAGCUUUCACAGAACCCUGUGUCCUUACUUUGCUUGCUACUCCAUCAGAAUUCUCUAUUAAUUGUGGUAUUUCAUACCCUAGGUGUACGCUACAAUGCUGAGAAGAAGAAAGUUGGUAAUUACUACACAACACCCAUUUAUAGAUUUCGGAUGAAAUGUCAUCUGUGUGAUAAUCACUUUGAAAUCGAAACAGAUCCCAAGGUAAGUCCGUUAAGCCCCAAUAUCCACAUUCAAAUUCUCCCGACUGAUCUCCAUAUAUUUCCUAUAAUGAUAAUAAUAAUAAUAAUAAUAAUAAUAAUAAUGAUAAUAAUUCUUUUGAUGAUGUAUUGAUAUUGUUAGGGGUAGAUUGAUGUUGGUGUACAUGUGUCUGUUGUGAUUUAAUAUUAUUGUAUAUGACCCAAGUCAAAAGUGAGAAAUGAAUAAUCCCUUUUUAUAAAUGCUUUUUUGCUCUUAGAACUGUGAUUAUGUAAUUGUGAGCGGUGCCAGGAGAAAAGAAGAAAGAUGGGAACCAUCUGCAACAGAAACUGUAGAGUUGACAGGUACUGUGGAUUUUAGGCAUCUCCACUUACACCUUAGCCUUCAGAGGAACAAAAAAGAUCUUACAAUGAAUAUAGAGUUGUUUUGUCCAAACACACAGGAGGGGUACUGCUCAGGGUAGUAUGCAAAACAGAAUAAGGAUGAAAAGAAAGGCAUUAAAGUAAAAUCAGACACGUGAGAAUGUGAGAGGUAUACAAGGGAUGAAAAAAAUGGAACCUCUCCCCUCCCUGCCUCCUUCACCUUUUCAGGGUUUUUGACAGAUUUUAAAAGAGGGGACAUAUAUCUGAAAGCACUGGACGCCGAAGAUGCGAGCUACUUAGGGGGCUCUGGGGACAUGUGCCCCCCAGGAAAUCUUUAGAAAAAGAACACUCGGAAAUGCUGUUUCCAGAGUUUCUGGAACCCAAGAAUCAGUUUCCCAGGGAAGGCGGGAGUUCACUCAAAUUGUCUUUAAAAAGUAAAAUUUUAAAUGAAAUUGGAUAGUUGGUAGGGGAACAAGGAGGCGGAAAUGGCAGUGAGCUGCUUAAGUAAAAAAAAAAAAAUGAUCAUUAAAAAACCCUCAAAUAUUGGCAUCAAAGUCAAGACAGAAUUGCAAACAACUGGACAAAACGUCCAGUCUCUGGCCUCAAAUGAAAACCCUGCCUGUUAUGGGGUGAAAUGGGCUUUGUUUCACUCCCUUUUAAGUGACUACAAUUUAGCAAGUUGUUAGCAGGCAACAGCAACAAGUCAGUCUGACAAAAAUUAGCUCGAUCCUGCAACAAAAUGAAUUUCACCCUAAAAAAGGAAGCCCUUCAAUUAGCAAACCCAUUUGUUUUUUUUAUUAUUAUUCAGACAGGGAGGAUGCCAAAAAGAUGGCAACAGAUCCAAUGUUUAAACUGGAGCAUGGAGUUAAAGAUCAAGAGAAGUCCAAAUCAGUUCAGCCUACUCUUGGCCAACUGCAGGUAAAUGUCCACAAGAUACAUCAACAUCUAAGGACCGGUUCAGAUGCCGCUCAACUCUUGUGCCCUACCUAACUGAUGAAUUAAGUAUGGCAAAAGAGUGGUGUCUGAACAGGGUGCAAAGAAAGUCAAUUUUACAGCUCUCCUUUCGGGCAAGCUGUAGCUUGUAUGUACUUAGUAGCCCAAAAGUCAUUUUAACUAGCCCAAAAUGAGGAGCAUUGAUUACAGUUCUUCUGAAAUUUGAAUUCCCCCAAAAAAGGAUUACAUGCAUGUUGGGCAAGUCAAGAACAGAAUUCCCUUGCCCGAUAGCAAAAACCACUAGCCCCAGGCUAUCGGACAUCACUUUCUUUGCACGUUGCUGAAUCAAUUUGGUACGGCAGUUUUAGUUUGGUACAGCAAAAGUGUUAAGUUCAACAGAGUCUGUCGAACUUUUGUCAAACUUAACUUAGGCUCAACACCCAGUGCGCCAUCUGAAUCAGAUGUCACGCUAGUGUUGCUACAAAGUUGAAAUUAUUCAGUUAGGUUCGCCACUUAAAAGUAAGGCGUCUGAAACAGGCCUGCCUAACUCUGUCUUUUGAGAGCAUCAACACUAUGGCAAGUGGACAAUUUUAUACUUUUAAAAAGCCUGAGAAAACAGCCGAUAAUUUUGACGCUGCCUCUGGUUUCCACACAAAACGACGCCUGAGGAAUUAAACAAGCUCCGAAAUUCCAUACUGAUGACACGUCACUACCCAGAUCUGGAUAUGCUUCUGAUUGGUUGGAAAAGACCUGGGUGGUAAUGUGUCAUACGUAUGGAGAUGUCUGCUGGCGUCGAGAAAUGUCAACUGUUUCCUCGGGCUAACUUUUUAAGUAGUGAAAUGAGAAAAGUGUCUUUAAAAAAAUACUAAACAGGUUCUUUUUAACUAGUCGCACGAAAACUCAUUGUUUAAUAGUGAAAAAUCACCAUAUGGUCAGUGAAGGGAUUAUAGAAGGCGUCCGUACUGAUCGUGGUGUCCGUAUUAAGCGGGUAUCCAUAAAGGAGUGGGGAGGGGCUUCGACUCUAUCUACAGUGGCAGAUCCAGACCUUCAGAUAAGGGGCGGGGGCGCAGUCAUCCAGAACCUGAGAUAAGGGGGGACGCGGUCUUAAAAAAAUAAUAUUUUUUCGGCCCUUCAGGCCUCAGUUUGGUCUAAAAAUAAGGUGGGCCCCCCUGGCCCCUCCUCUGGAUCUGCCACUGAUCUCAGAAGAGCAAGAAAAAUAAUUAAGUUGGAAAACAUUUUAGGAAGUUCAGUCAGUGUGGAAGGAUGAUUAUGCUGCUAAUCAAUUGCUAAGGAAGAAAUUCCGAGAGACUAAACGUGAAGUGAAAGCUCAAGACAUGAAGGACAGUGAGCUGAAGCAAAGAGCAGCAUUAGAUGUGGCUCUUGUGCCAGAGAGACUGGAGGAUAUUGAACUGGCAAAGAAAAUAAGAUAUCAUGGAGAAGGUAAUAAAUAAUAAUAAUAAUAAUAAUAAUAAUAAUAAUAAUAAUAACAUAUUUAACCAGGGUAAACCCGUCAGCUGAAGCUGUUAUUAAUGGGUGCCCUGGGCAACUAAAAAAUUAACAAUUAAAGGAAAAAAUAACUGUAACAGAACAACUAUCAGAAAAAUGUAAAGACUAAGUACAAUGACGAUGGAUGAAAACUAAGAAUUUUAUAGCUACGUAAAUUAACACUCUAAAAAGCUCUAAAAUAUUUACAAGAACUCUAAAAAAUAAUAUCAUUAAGAAGUGUUUGAAAAAUCACUAUGGAGUCAACUUCCUUCAGACGGGGUGGCAAGUUAUUAAAAGUCUGGGCUCCAGUAUAAAAUAUUCCUUUCUUGGCAGAUUCUGUACGGACUUAGGAAUUAAAAUAUCUAAACUAUUACACCUAGUGGAAUAAACAUGUGAAGACCUAAUAAAAAACUCUUAAAAAGAUUUGGAGCAAUGUUAUGGAGAAUUAACUUUACAAGCAUCAACUUCCCGCUGUUGCUGUUUUAAGACCCAGUGGCUGAAUCCGCGAGUGGGCAAGAUGACUCGAAUUCUGCGUUCUGAUUGGCUCCCCGAGCGGGCGAGAUGGGCCCAUCUUGCUCACUCGGGAUUUCCCGCGUUGGUCCCGCGCGAAAACGUUCUCCUUUUGGCUGGCCAUACAAACCGUAUAUUGACCAAGCUUGUUCGUUCAUGGUCAAUAUAAACGCAAACGGCAUUAUAAAAAAAAACUUGGCCAGUAUCCAGCCAUCUCGACCGAAUAAGCUUGGUCAAUAACGGUAACUGGUCAUUUCGCCCCCAAGUCAUUUCGCCCUGGUUACUUAGCCCCCUAUUUUCAAGUUUUUCGGAGUGGCUAAGUGACUCGUGUAUGCGGGUAUGACUUUGUUUUUGGGAGCUAAAUGACUCGAAAAUAGGGGGCUAAGUGACCGGGGCGAAAUGACCAGUAACCCCUGAUCAGAAACCUCUCGCUGCGUAGACCGGUGCUCUCCUCACUGAGCUAACCGCGUGAUGUAACCAGUUUUUGUGUUUUGGCUUCCUGGGAGCUGACAUGAUAAUUUUUAACGAAGCGUGCGCUGAGCGCCCCACAAAUUGUUAACAUUCGCCUCUUUGGCUGCUCAGCUAGUAGAACAGGGUCAAUAAAAGAACUGUGAACUUCCAGGAUAAAAAUGUUCAUGGUUUUAAGCACAUUGAUAACAAUACUUUGGUUCUGGUUUUGCAGGAUUUGAUGAGCACCGUCGUAAAAGACGGUUUGAAGUCAACAGCCGACCAAUGUUUGGAAAAUCAGACGAGAAAAGGGAGAAAAUAAAGCAUCUGUUAGGAAAAAGGAAACAAAUGGCGUUCAACUCGUUUUCUAAUCCCUCUAAAGUCAACAGUGAUCUGGUAAAACUGGGUAUCAAGGUGCGAAGAAACGUGUUCACAAACAGUGAGGACUCAGAA